CCAUUCCGGGCGCCGGGAGGCAGCGCGUCCAGCCCCUGCCGCGGCUCAGCCUGGGCAGGAAGACGCUGGUGGCGGCGGCCGUCGGGGUGGUGAUGCUGCUGCUGCUGGUGGUGCUGAUCCCGGUGCUGGUCAGCUCGGUGGGCCUGGACGGCCACUACGAGAUGCUGGGCGCCUGCCGCAUGGUCUGCGAGCCCUACGGCCCGGCCGCCCCCACCAGCGCCAGCAUCCGCGCCAGCGGGCCGCCCCUGCCGCCCUCCACGCUGCUCCAGGGCCCCCAGGGCAAGCCCGGCCGGCCGGGCAAGCCGGGGCCGCCGGGGGAGCCGGGGCCGCCGGGGCCCGUGGGGCCGCCGGGCGAGAAGGGCGAGGCGGGCAAGGCCGGGGCCCCGGGGCUGCCGGGCCCGGCCCUGGCCAGCGGGGCCAUCAGCACGGCCACCUACACCACCGUGCCGCGCGUGGCCUUCUACGCCGGCCUCAAGAACCCGCACGAGGGCUACGAGGUGCUCAAGUUCGACGACGUGGUCACCAACCUGGGCAACAACUACGAGGCGGCCACCGGCAAGUUCACCUGCAACAUCCCCGGCACCUACUUCUUCACCUACCACGUCCUGAUGCGGGGCGGCGACGGCACCUCCAUGUGGGCCGACCUCUGCAAGAACGGGCAGGUGAGGGCCAGCGCCAUCGCGCAAGACGCGGACCAGAACUACGACUACGCCAGCAACAGUGUCAUCCUCCACCUGGACGCCGGAGACGAGGUUUUCAUCAAGCUGGACGGAGGCAAAGCCCACGGCGGCAACAAUAACAAAUAUAGCACCUUUUCGGGUUUUAUCAUCUACUCGGACUAAGGGCCGCGCGGCCACGUGGACCCCAAGCCUCCUGCAGGUCUCUAUACAAGGCAAAGGCGGCAGAGGAAUCCUCUCUCCCCUACACCCCCCAAUAACAUCUUUGCCCAUGGCUGAGCUCCCCCCCCUGGGAGGCAGGAGGUGUGGCUGUUGAGGGCCUCUUGCCGUGACAUCUCGGGGCCACAGCAGAUGAGCAACAAACAACUGGCGACCCCCACCACUCCUGCCUCUGCUGGAGCAACCCCUGCCGUGAAGCCUUCCAACGGGGCACUUGUGUAUAUGGGAAGAGGAGGACUAACGGAAGGGGAGGUCUUGCUCAAGGGACUUGGGGGGGGGGGCGGAGGUUGUGGGAAUCCGGAGAAUCGGUCAUUUCACUGAAACAUACGUUCAGUUCAUCUCUCUCCCGUGGAGUUUGCUGACAUUUGAAGGGGAACCGGAGGAGGGAAUUUCAGUUAAGAUCCCUAAGUCUUCACACCAAAAAGCCAAAGUUCCAGAUCUGGAGUUCAGGACAGAGUUCAGGACAGAUUCCACCUCUGUGUUCCAUUGCAGGGGAAACGCAUGUUGUUUAAAACACGGAAAACCCAUUUCCUGAAAUGCAAUUAAUAUCAACAUUCCGAAUUUUGCAAAAUGCUGACAUCCCAAAGUGCUGUGAAAUUCAGGGCUUGGUUCCGUUUCCCUCCGUAGGCAGGCAGGGGUUUUACCAACAGACUCUCCUGGCUGUUGUCAGCCCCUUUGAGUCUGCAGUUGCUGGUCUGCAGUUGCUGUCCUGGAGAAGUUAGCAAUUCCUGAUCAUCCCAGAAUCUGCAAGUGGCCUCCCUGGUCCAUCGCAACAUCAAAACACAAAAUACCAAACAAACACAGCAUGCAGUUAUUUAUCCCAGUGUUCCCCACCUGUAACGUAUUCUAAACUUAGAUAACACCUUAGGACAUACGAAUGCAUCCUUUCCCCCUGCUUACCUGCACCAGGUGUUCUUAUUUCUUAAAGUGACCUGGAAACCCCCCCCCCCCCCCGAGAAAGGACAGCCACCAGCCCCCAAGCAGCCCCAAACAGUCUUCUUAAGUGCUCUCAAUCACAAGUAUUCCUUUCUCCACUGAGAGAUCAAUUCCUGUAGUCACCCUACCAUUCUGGCUCUACACACACACACACACACGUACACACACACACGUACACACACACACAUAUAUACACACACAUAUAAAUAU